AUGUCCCGACCACCAAAGACCCGUCAGAAACCUCAGCAGAAACAACAACUACAACAACAACAACAGGCAAAACAGGCCUCCGGAACAUCAGUUAAAAAGUCAUCAUCAUCAUCAUUAUGCUGCGCUAAUCGUACAUUCUCAUGUAGAAUCACAUCCUUAAUCUUCAAAAUCUUCAUCUAUUAUACAGCCUUUUUGGCCAUUUGGCGUUGUAAAAAACCUACAAGCUCAUCAGACCCAGCUCUUUGCGUCCCAAUCAGAUCUGCUUAUACUGCAUUGACUCCGGUCCUUGAACCAUACAUUCAACCUGCACAGCAAUACUACUCAGCUCAUGCUAAACCUCACGUCGAUGCCCUAGUCGCCACCAUCCAGCCCCACGCAACCACUGCAAAAAUUGCCCUCGAGUCUCAGUACCAGACUCGCAUUGUUCCACUCAUUGAGCCCUAUACUUCAAAAGUUUCCGAUCUCUAUACCCAUCAUGUCACUCCACACAUUCAAGUCGCCUCCAAUUGGUAUACAACCAAUGUUGAGCCUAAAAUCAACUCUGCCAAGGAAAAACUUGAUCCUCUUUGUAAAUCAUUCCAUAAAAAUUCCGCAAUUGCCUACGAUAAACUUCACGCUUUGGUCUUACAACCAGGAAUUAAACAUGCCAAUACUGGCCUUGCCCAUGCCCAGUCUACUUUAAUCCCUGCUGCCAUAAAACAUUUGAAAACUGCUGCAAAUUAUUCUCUCGACCAAAUUAAGCGUGCAUGGACAAUAGUCGUGGUUGGCCACGUGUCGCCUAGAGUUUCUCAAGUCUAUCAUCAAAAUGUCGAGCCUCAAGUCGUUAAGGUUAUCGAUCGUAUCUUUCAAAAUGGUGCUGAAGAUGAAAAGUCUGAGACAUUACUACAGGAAACUUUGGCUUCAACCGUGGCUUCAGAUUUUAUUCAAGAUAAGGAGGUUUCUUCCCAGGUUGAUUCUGUUGAAUCGGUCGAAUCCGUUGAAUCUGUAGAAUCCGUUGAAUCUGUUAAAUCUGUCGAAUCUAACCCCUCUGAACCACUAGCAUCCUCUGCUGAUCCUGCCUCAGAAUCUUCAUCAGAACCACCCUUCUCUAAAAAGCCCCUUGAAUUCACUUUUGAAGAAGAACUUAACAAUUGGAAACGCGUCGUUGGAUUUACAACUUCUCAAGCCAUUGCUGAGUUUCUCCAAGAUACCAAUGCCGAAAGGGCCCGCUUAAUUGAAGAAGCCCGCCCGGAAUUUACCCGCCUUCUCCAAGCCCUCCAAAAACGCCAACACAAUGGUUACGUUGAACUCAAAAAACUCAUCAACAACCUCGAAUCUAAAGUCAAUGAUGUUCUUGAAGAUAAAACACACAACAAGGAGGGCUUCCCAUAUACCCCUGAAUCCAUCCAAGCCGUUUUUAAGGAACAUGCCGCUUAUAUCCGUGACGCCACCAAAGCCGUACACAAGUACGCCGAAGACUUUGCGCAAUUAGCCAUCGACAAUACUGAGAAAAUCCGAGCAGCAACCAUCGAUACUCUUGACGAAUUCGCCGACGUGACGCUGCAGGAGGUGGGCCGUAAGUUAGUGUCUUCAUCAUCUGAUGAGAAGAAGAAGAAGAAAAAUGUAAAGAAGAAUGUGCCGCUAAAUGAAGACUAUGCCCAAGCGGGCGCCUCUCCAGAAGAUGAAAACCUCGAAUGGACUCGCUGGAAAGAAUACCGCAAGCUCAAGGACCGUAUCCUCACAUCCCGCCGCGAAAUCUCCGAGUUCAAUGUCCCCAUGGAGGAUAUCAACAAGGUCCUGCGACAGGGCCAAGAAACGGCAAAUAUCCUCGCAAAGGAGGCCGCCCAGUACCUCUCCGAUCUCAAGGGCAAGUCCGAUUACUUGUUUAUCCAGUACCUUAAUGCUGGUGAAAAGAAGAAAAGUGAGCAAAAGGAUGUUGAUGAUGAUAUUAUCUAUUAUGAGGCCAAAGAUGAGGAGCCUGAAGAGUUGGUGAAUUCGUCUUCCUCUUCCUCUUCAUCUUCAUCCUCUUCGUCUUCAUCAAAUGCCACUUUCUCAACCUCCACUUCAACCUCUACUUCUACUUCUGCCUCUACUUCUAUUUCCAACGACGACGGAGAAGAAGAAGUUCUCGAGGAGUAUGAAAUUGAUGUUGAUGUUGAGGUUUCUACAUCUACUCAAACCAGAACAGUAACAGUCAAGAAAUCUACAUAA